AUGGCCGUGCUCCUCCUGCUGCUGACGGCCGCCGCGCUGGUGGUGGCCGCCGGCCUCCGCCGCCUCUACCUGGCCGUGUCCGAGAUCCGGCGCGUGCGCUUCAUGACGGCCGACAUGCCGGGCCCCACGCCGUACCCGCUCAUCGGCAACGUGCUCGAGUUCGCCGGGCCGCCCGACGACAUCUACGACACCGUGCAGAGGCUGUUCUCCGACUACGGGCCGGUGAUGCGCCUGCACCUGGGCCACCUCACGUUCGUGGCCAUCAGCGAGCCGGACGACGUGGAGGCCAUCGUCACGUCCGCCAAGACCACGGACAAGUCGUCCGUGUACAGCUCGCUGGAGCCCCUCAUGGGGGCGGGGCUGGCCAUCCUGGGCGGCGAGACUUGGCGGCGCCACCGCAAGGCCAUCACCCCCAGCCUGCACCUCGACAUCCUGCGCGACUUCGUCGGCAUCUUCCACAAGCGCGGCAUCGCCUUCGCCAACCAGCUCGCCGCGCUCGAGGGCACCGUGUUCGACGUGACGCCGCUCAGCGGCUCCUGCGCCAACAACACCAUCUGCGAGACGGUCAUGUCCUCGGACGUGGACGAGGAGGACCCGGAGAGGACCACCUUCGUGGACGCCAUCCCCAAGGCGCUGGACCACUUCAUGUACCGCGUGUGGCACCCCUGGUUCCUCAGCGAGUGGGCGUACUCGUUCAUGCGCAGCCAGUUCCCCGAGUACCUCGAGGUGAAGCGCGUCCUCACGGCCUUCACGCAGCAGAUCAUCCGCGACAAGAGGCUCCUCCUGCGCAACAACAACAACAUCAACGCCAACAACAAGGCGCCCAAGAAGCGGCAGGCCUUCCUGGACCACGUGCUUACCUCCGAGGAGGGCGCCGCCCUCAGCGACGACGAGCUCGCCGAGGAGGUCAAGACCAUCGUGACCAUCGCGUCGGGCUCCUCCAUGGAUGCACUCACCUUCCUCAUCUACACGCUCGCCAUCAGGCAGGACGUGCAGGAGAGAGUGCGACAGGAGCUGGACGACAUCCUCGGCGAGGACGUGGACCGCCCGCUCGAGUUCUCGGACAUGGCGCACCUGCAGUACACGGAGCGCUUCAUCAAGGAGGUGCUGCGCUACUUCACCGUGGUGCCCGUGUUCGCGCGGCACAUGGCGGAGGACUUCAAGCUGCCGUCGGGCUACGUGGUGCCGCGCGGCUGCCAGGUGGCCAUCUGGCUGCCCUACACGCACCGCAACGCCAAGUACUUCCCCGACCCGGACAACUUCGACCCGGACCGAUUCCUGCCGGAGAACUGCCGCCAGCGGCACCCGUUCGCCUACAUGCCGUUCAGCGCGGGGCCGCGGAACUGCAUCGGCCAGCGCUACGCCAUCAUGUUCCUCAAGACGGUCACGGCCGCCCUGGUGCCGCGGCUCAAGUUCCGCGUGCCUGCCGACGGGCCCAAGCACCUCGGCGACGUCCGCCUCAAGAUGAACCUCACCGUGUCGGUGCGCGGUGGCGCCAACAUAGAGGUUUGCCGCCGCUAGGCCACUGCUGGGCC